AUGCUUUCAAGGAAGAGUGAUUUUGAGUCUUACAGACAACUAAUCCUUCAAGGUCUGGAAAUUGCGGUUGGUUCAGAGCCGGAGAGUGCGAGAGGCGAUCUGGAAAGCGACGACAAAGCACAUUGGUGGAGCUACGACAGCGAUGAAGAUCGAUAUGACUAUGACGUCUCUGAGCAUGACUCGGUCAAAGACUUCACGGCUUGUGACAAGGCGUGUGGAUAUUGCGGUCAUUGUGAUUAUUAUCGUGACUCUUCAUCUAUUCUAAACCAGCUCGCAAUGCUGUGCAAGAUGUGA